CCGCCCUGCCUACACCAGGCCCGCGAGGCCGGGUCGCUGGUGCGCAAUGGCAGGGCCGUCGGGGACAGCUCAGUGGGCCUCCGAGUCCCUGGCCCUGGGCAAGCUGCGGGUCUACCGCGCCUACGCACGCCGCUGGGUCUUCCUCCUGGUGGUCAGUCUGCUCAGCUGCUCCAAUGCCAUGCUGUGGCUCAGCUUUGCACCCGUGGCCGACACCAUCGCCCAGUUCUUCAGCCUGUCCACCAAUCAGGUCAACUGGCUCUCGCUGGUCUACUUUGUGGUGUCCAUCCCAUCUGGCCUGGUGGCCAUUUGGGUCCUGGACUCAGUCGGGCUCCGCUGGGCGACCAUCCUGUGUGCGUCGCUGAACUUCGUCGGGAGUGUGCUCCGUGCCAUGCCCUGCAUGCCUGCUACCGUGCCCAGCCCGUUCGCCUUCCUCAUGUGUGGCCAGAGCCUCUGUGCCCUGGCCCAGACCCUGGUCGUCUUCUCUCCGGCCAAGCUGGCCGCCUUGUGGUUCCCGGAGCACCAGCGAGCCACGGCCAACAUGAUCGGCACCAUGGCAAACCCCCUGGGUGCCCUGGUGGCCAACGUGCUGUCUCCUGCCCUGGUGAAGAAGGAGGGUGACGUCCCCCUAAUGCUGGGCAUCUACGUGAUUCCCGCCGGCCUUGCCUGCCUGCUGGCUACUGCCUGCCUCUGGGAGAGUGUGCCCCCCACCCCGCCCUCCGCGGGAGCAGCCCAGUCCACCUCGGAGAAGUUCCUGGACGGGCUGAAGCUGCUCCUGCGGAACAAGGCCUACGUGGUCCUGGCCGUGUGCUUUGGGGGCGGCAUCGGCAUCUUCUCCAGCUUCUCCGUGCUCCUGCAGCAGGUCCUCUGUGUGGAAGGCUACUCCAACGAGUUCGCGGGCCUCUGUGGGGCUCUCUUCAUCGUGUCUGGGAUCCUGGGGGCGCUGGGCCUCGGCCUGUACGUGGACCGGACCAGGCAUUUCACAGAAGCCGUCAAGGUUGGCUUCUGCCUGACCUCUUUGGUCUGCGUGGCCUUUGCCGUGGUGUCCCAGCUGCGGGGACAGGCCAUCGCGCUGGCCAUCAUCUGCGCGCUGCUCGGGCUCUUCGGCUUCUCCGUGGCGCCCGUCGCCACGGAGCUGGCGGUGGAGUGCUCCUUCCCCGUGGGGGAGGGCGCCGCUGCCGGCCUGGUCUUCGUACUGGGGCAGGUGGAAGGCGUGCUCGUCAUGCUGCUGCUGACCGCCCUGACUGUGCGCCGCUCGAAGCCAGGCUUCUCCACCUGCCGAGGGGACCAGGACUCCCUGGAUUGGGAGGUGCCCAUGCUGCUGAUGGCCGGCCUCUGCACACUCUUCAGCUGCUGUUUGGUGCUCUUCUUCCACACCCCAUACCGGCGCCUGCAGGCCGAGGCCAGCACCGGCCCUUGCGACAAGGACCACGCAGCCCCAUGGCAGACCCUCCCUGAGGCCCCGUCCGGGCACCCUGAGGGCCCCGGCAGCUCCGAAGCUGCAGGAAGCCCUGUGGCAGCUCACUCCUAGAGCCGAGAAGCUGGCUGGGGGGUGGGGGGGGGAGGGCGCUGGAGCUCUGGUCACCUGGGCUGUGACAGCCACUGCUGAGCCUGGGCACAGCGAGGUGGCCCAGUGGCCAUGCCAGACCCGAGGUGGCUAGCACAGGGCGUGUGAGAAUGUGGCUGAUGGGGGGCUGGAUGGCCUGGGGUCCCCGAGGGCCCCAGUCGUCUGGAGUGCACAGGGGUGGGGGAGCCUCCCUUGAAGGGGCCCCUCCCAGAGCCUCUCUCAACCUCGGUCACGGAGGGAGCAGACGCUCAGUCUGGGCGCCGACAGCUGGGGCCGGGCGGGGCUGGGGGUGGCAGAGGCAGGGCCCACGGGCGCAUGUGCCCCCCAGGCCCUCCGGACCCAGGUGGACGUGUCCUUGUCCCUACAGACACUGGUAGGCAGGUUUGUGGAUGCAGGUUUAUUGAACUGGCCACAGCCCGGGUGGGGUGGGGACGCCCCUCACUCCUCCUUCUCCUCCCCGUGGGUGAGCACAUAGCUCAGCGCCUUGUAGUCCAGGUUGCCUGCAGCAUCGAUGGUCGCAAACUGGAACAUCUGGUCGACCUGCAAGCAGGGUGCUGGGGGUCAGAUCCAGGCAGCAGCGGACAAGCAAAGGGCCCCUAAGGGUUGCAGCCCGAGGGCGAGUGACAGGCCCUGAGCUCCAGCUGGCUCUGGCCUUGUUGCCACGUCUGGGGGAGGGGCGAGGUCACUCCAGGGCAAGGGGCAGGCUGGGGCCAGCCGCAGGGUGACCCGUCCCGUAGCAGCACUGCAGCACAUCUCAGCAGGGGCACUCCCCCCGCUGACCCCUGGAGUCCUGGGGGGCCAUGGGAGGGGGCAGCAGGCGGGGCGAAGGGCCAAACCUCCUCUGCAGUCAUCUUGUCAGCCUGGGACAUGAGCAGCCGUUUGAUGCUGAGGAUGAGGAGAGAGGCCUGAGUUAGCUGCUCUGAAGAAGGGGUCAGCACAGGACAGCUGGACAGUGACGGGGCGGGGGGGGUGGCUGCAACCUGAGCAGGUCACAGCAUGCUCGCCCAUGGGGGUGGGAAGCCUCUCCCGACACACACACACAGGGGUCACUGUCCCUGUGGGGCGGAGAUGAGGGUGAUGGGAGGCAAGUGCCCAGCAGACACGCUGCCCUGGGGUUGGCCCGGGGAGCCCCCAGACCCAGCACUAGCCCAGAGGCAGGACGGGUUCACCCGCUGUUGUAUUGAGGGAAGCUGGGCGGGGCGUGGGCUCGGGGCCCCAGGCACCUGAGCCACACUCACUAGUCCUUGUUGAUGCUGCCUUUGCCAUCGGGGUCCAGCAUCUUGAAGGCGUUCAGGAUGGUCUCCUCAGUAUCCGUACCUGUCCACAGAGACCCCAGGCCUGCUCUGGCUGCCUGUGCUCAUGCCACCCUGUGCCAUCAGCCUGGAGGGCCCUCCCACCCACCCCCAGCACCUGGCACCCUGCAGCCCCUGCCUGGGGCACCUGUGCUCAGGGUCCCGCCCAGGCCCAGGGCUGGGCACGUGCCCAGGGAGCGGGGGCUGAGGCGAAGUGGGGAAGGGUACAAGAGGUGUGGGGGGCACACGUGUGGGUCCCAGAAAGCCGGGUCCCAGGGCUUUUCGGGAGAUGUGAAAGCCCGGAUUUGUAUCAGGGGUGUCUGCAUUUCUAAAUAAACACACAGCCUGGCCGAGGCGGAGGGCUCACC